AUGAACACCAACGCUCCAAUGACCGCGCCCGAAGUCGUAGACUGCCACAAGCCGAUCGACACAAAAGAGACUGUGCGGCACGAGGAGAACUUCUAUGGCUCCUCUGACAGGAGCCCGAAGGCGACUGACGAGCAUGUUUCCCCAGGCUCCUUUGCAUUUGCUCUACCACAGCUGACCUGUUGUAGGCAGGGGCUCCCUCACCUUCCACUGGAUCCCAAGGCUGAGGCCAAACUGCGCCUGAAAAUCGACUUGUGUGUGGUCCCGACGGUCUCCCUCCUGUACCUGUUCUGCUUUAUCGACCGAGCAAACAUUGGAAACGCUAGGCUUGCCGGGCUCGAAAAAGACCUGGGCCUGGCGGGAUACGACUAUAACGUCGUGCUGUCGUGCUUCUACAUCUCUUACAUCCUCUUCGAGCUCCCGAGCACCUUUGCCUGCAAGUUCUGCGGACCCGGGUGGUUUAUUCCCGCAGCCUCGGUAGGAUUUGGCAUAUGCUCCCUCGGCACCGCCUUCGUCCAGAAUAAGUCCGCCGCGUGUGCAGUGAGAUUUCUCCUGGGAGUUUUUGAAUCUGGGCUGUUGCCGGGAAUCGCGUACUACCUAUCUCGUUGGUAUCGACGAAGCGAGCUGGCGUUUCGCCUCUCGCUGUACAUCGUCAUGGCUCCCCUCGCGGGCGCAUUCGGAGGCCUUCUUGCAUCGGCCAUUCUGAAGCUGGACCACUUUGGCAGUCUCCACGGCUGGCGGAUGAUAUUUGCCGUGGAAGGCAUCAUUACCAGCAGUCUGGGAAUCGUCUCCUUCUUCACCCUGACCGAUCGUCCAGCCACCGCUCGGUGGCUGACUCAAGAAGAAAAAGAGCUCGCGGUUGCCCGGAUCCGAUCCGAACGUAUCGCAACCUCCGAAGUUCUCGACAAAUUCGAUAUUGCAAAAGCCCGUCGAGGAAUGUUAUGCCCCGUUACCCUAAUGACGGGAUUCAUCUUCUUGCUGAACAACAUCACUGUGCAAGGCCUUGGGUUUUUCGCGCCCACGAUCAUCAAGACGAUUUACCCUGAAAACUCCGUCGUGUCACAGCAACUCCACACAGUUCCACCGUACGUGGUUGGCGCUUUCUUUAUUCUCAUCGGGCCGCUCCUGUCGUGGCACUAUGACCGUCGAAAUGUCUUCCUAAUCAUCUCGGCGCCCUCGAUCAUUGCUGGCUACGCGAUCUUCUUGGCCACCACGAACGCCCACGUGCGAUAUGGCGCGACUUUCCUGAUCACGGCCGGGGCGUUCGUAUACGGCCCUCUGUGCCCGGCUCAGGUCUCCGCAAAUGUUAUCUCAGACUCGGCUCGCUCCGCUGCCAUUGGUACAAAUAUCCUCCUGGGCAACUUUGGUGGUCUCAUUUCAACGUGGUCAUACUUGCCCUUUGACGCGCCGAACUACCCGAUCGGAAAUGGAUUGAACUUGGCAUCAGCGGGCGUGAUCCAAAUUGUCGCGAUCUUGCUGGAGCUUUGGAUGCGAGCCGACAAUAAAUCUCGAGAGAAGAGAAAAACGGAGACGCAUUUGGAGGGGUUGUCGCUGAAGCAAGUCCAAAGUCUUGAGUGGCGCCACCCAUCCUUUAGAUGGAGAUUGUGA